GUGGGUCUCUCCUGCCCAGCAUCCUGUCAGAACAGGACACUUCAGGUCACUGGAGGUGCCCUGUGCAUCCAGGAGAGCGAGUGGCAGUGUAGCUCCUGACAUUCCUCUGGAGAUGGCUGGGGAGAUCCUGUGUCACUCCGCCGCCCUCCCAGCCACUCAGGGUCUCUUGGGGAUCCAAGGGCAAGGCCAAACUCUGUCCCAAAGGCGCGGGUAGGAUGCCUCAGAGGCCGUGGAGUUCAGGUGUGUGAGGCAGCUGUGAACUCUGCAGCCACCCCCGGGGACGGGCUGGACGGGCCAGGACGGGAGGGGACACUGGCAUCUUCUCCCUCCCUCCUGCUCCCACAGGAGACUCGGGGAGGGCCAACCCCACCCAUCUUGAACCCGCGAUCCCAAUGGCUUUCCUUUCUGACGCCUCGUUUCCUUAGCUUCCUUAGUCGUCUUUGCGCUCACCAGGUUCCGGGGUCGCCUCUAGUUUCCCAGGACGGCCAGCCAUGGAACGCAGGGGCAGAAAGCACAGCAGGAGGGCUGCCAAGGCCCACUUGGAAGCUCAAGGAAAGGAUCCAGUAAUUGAUGAACGUGAGGAAAGAAACCCUUUUACAGAAACAAAGGAGGAAGAUGUAACUGCUGAGCAGGGGGAAAGAGAACCUCUUGAUGAAACAGAUGAAUAUGAGGGGGUUGAUACCAACAAGCCAGAAGAUAUUGCAGCUGGCAUUAGCGAGGAUCUUGCUGCAAAAAGAAGAAGGAUUGAAAUGGAUACAGAGGCUCGCCACAAAGCAAAGAAAAGUAAACGUGCUUUGAGGAAAAAACAACUUAAAAAGCAUAAACGUGAUUAUAAACAUUCUCUGAAGUUGCUGAAUGUCCUUGAUGAAUUCAUCAUAUACGAGCAGAAAGAUGAAGAAGAAGAAGAGAAAGAAGAAGAAGAACUAAUUAAAAUAUUUCAAGAACAACAGAAGAGGUGGUACCGACAUAGAAGUCUGAGGAGAGAGAGGCUGAGAACAAUGAAGCUGCUACGUGAGGAAUUUGUAAAGGUUAUCAAGAAGUUUGAAGACUAUUAUCAUGGAGUUUUUUCUGAUGAAGACAGUGAAUUUGAUAACUAGCCAUGUUUUUGAAUUGUAUCAGAGACUCUUUAGGAAGAGUUGGCCCUUAGUUGUCUCUCCAACCUAGGUUAUGCUGAUGACUGAAGAAAGAACUUGAACCUGUUACAUGAUACAAGCAUAAUUUGAACUACACUAAACCACAUGACAAUGUUUUGAUAAUUCUUGUAUAAAUCAGUUUAUCUUCUCUAUCAUUUUUCUGUUUGUUAAAUGCCAGAACUUGUUUCUAUGAUCUGUUGAAUGAACCCUAGACACUUCUGUGAGAAAGCAGCAAUUGCACAGUU